CGUCACUCAGUCAGCUCCAGCUCCAGUAGCGACACUCCGUCAACAGCUCACCGUCCCGCAGCAGCGCCGAAUCCCGUCUACCUGCCGCCGAGCAACCAGGCGUCCACCUGCAGCUCAGUUCCCGUUGCCCCCGCCUGCGAGGGUCUCAACGGGCCGGCCAGCACUUGCGGUCGCGUCUGUCUUCGAGGGGGGGAAAAGCGUUGACACUCCUCCGCGAGCGUUCUUCUCCAUUCUUUGCCCUUCAAGUCAAGACAUAUGGAGAAAAUGGCUCGACCUCUUCCCAUAAACUCAACUUUCUUGCCGCCGACUCACGGCGUCCUCAAGUCCCUGCUGGAGAACCCUCUCAAGCUGCCUUUCCACCACGAUGAAGGAUUCAGCAAAGACAAGGAAAAGGAGAAGAAGUUGGACGAUGAGAGCAGCACGGCCAACCACCCGCAGUCGGCCUUCCUCGGCCCGACGCUGUGGGACAAAACCCUGCCGUACGACGGCGACAACUUCCAGCUGGAGUACAUGGACCUGGAGGAGUUUCUGUCGGAGAAUGGCAUCCCCGCCAACACGGCGCAGAGCGACCAGGCUCAGCAUUCGACGACACAGCCGCCGCAGCAGCAGCAGGCGACUCUCCAACAGGCCCCACCCACCGCCACGCCCACUCCCUCAGUGGUGGACCUCAGCAGCCGAGCCACCACCUCAGUUCACACUGGCAUGGCUCCACAGUCCUGCCUCCACAGCCCCGGCACGGCAGCUCUGCCCUCAGCCCGUGACACGCCCAGCCCCAUCGACCCAGAGUCCAUCCAGGUGCCCGUGACCUACGACCCCGACCCGGCAGACCUGGCACUGUCCAGCGUCCCCGGUCAGGAAAUGUUUGACCCCAGGAAACGCAAGUUCACCGCAGAGGAGCUGAAGCCGCAGCCCAUGAUCAAAAAAGCUCGGAAGGUCUUCAUUCCCGAGGACCUGAAGGACGACAGGUACUGGGCGCGGCGCAGGAAGAACAACGUGGCAGCCAAGCGUUCGCGGGACGCCCGGCGGCUGAAGGAGAACCAGAUCGCCAUCCGCGCCUCCUUCCUGGAAAAGGAGAACUCGGCGCUCCGCAUGGAGGUGUCCGACCUGAGGAAGGAGCUGGGCCGAUGCAAGAACGUUCUGGCCAAAUACGAGGCCCGGCACGGGCCGCUGUGAGGAACCACGCCCCCUGAACGCCACCUCUCCCUUUGCUCCUCCUCCUCGUCCUCACCUGAACCCAUUCACAUCAACACACUUUACUGCCCCGCCUCCAGUUUUGAAGGACAACGUUUUUGUUUUUUUUGGUGGCACCGCCCCCUUACACAAUAAGCUCCUCCCACUGCACCCCCCCUCUUCAGUCUCUCAUGGUAUCAUCUUCUCUUCGAUUUGUCCGUUCUUUUUAUUAUUUCCCGUACUACGUUCGACUGAAGACACAAAUAUAUAUAUAUAUGUAUACAUAGAUGAAUAUCUAUAUAUUUUCACGUGCAUACUUCCCACUGUAUUCAUGUAACUGUGAGGAGUUAUGAGCCAACCCACCACCAGCUGAGUUCCUGCCCCCAUGCCUCACCUCAACCCGCCCACUUUUGAGAAACAAUGCCAUGCUGUUUUUUUUUUUGUCGUUCACUUUCAUACCGAUUUUAUACGUAACAUCAGGACUGAGAAAACUGUCGUUUCCUGUUUCUCUUCUUCUUCUUCUUCUGUACUCAAAUCAUCAGACGUCAUUUUUUGUAUAGCACUUAAAUUUCUGUGUGCAUUUGUGGAAUCGUAGAUUUGCGUUUUUUUGUUUGUUUUUCUGAGCAAUAAUUCCUGUCCACAGUAAAAACCUUCAGACAUUUAUUUACUCACGUUAUUCUUCACCCCCUUUUUCCUGCCACAAACCACCCACCUGCAGCUCUGCUGCCCCCUAGUGGCAGGUCUCCUCCACCUCCUCCUCCGUUGACUGAGACAAUCUUUGUGCACUAAUGCGUGUCUCACAAUCUGAUCCGGUGCAAUGUUUCCACUCGCUCAGAACAUUUUCCUCAUAUUUAUCUACCUGUUUGUUUCUCGAAUGGAAGAUUGUUGUUUUUAUUUUUAAUAUAUAUACAUAUACAGUAUAUUGUAUAUUAUAUAUUAUAUACUUAAUACAUAUUAGUCCUGGAGCCAGGUCCGCCCAAACUACAGUUGUAUAAAUAUAUGUGCAAGUGUGAUAUUUGGCAGGAAGUUUCCCGAAAUGAAGGAUAACGUAGCAAAAUAAGAUAUUGCUACUUUGUUGUCUCUUUGGCUGUGAUUCGGCUUUAAAAUUUUGCCCAAACUGUCUAAUUAUCUUCAAAAAUUUUAAUUUUUCCACUAAACUUCCAAAUCUAUCAGAAAACAGUGCAUAUAUCACGAUAAAAACAAAGAAAAGAUUAUAGGUUAAUAGUGCUUGUCAAGUUACUUAAAAUGCUGCCACAAGGGGGCGCCUGAACCUUGUGAUUUAUACCUGUGAUACAAACAAAAAAAUGUAUUAAAACAUUUUUAAUGUAAGGCAAAGAGUUGAUGAUCGCAAUGACACUGAAUCGCAAUCAUUUUGGUCAGGAUAAUCACAAUGUGAAAUUUAAUCUUCUUUAAUCUUAAUGGCCUGUUGUGGCGGCUUUUUGUAACGUCAGUAAAAUUACAAAAUUUUGCAAAAGAUUUAACGAUACAAACGUAGAGAACUCAUAUACGUACACAUUUUCUGAAAUGUUCCCGUACAAAUACAUAAGACAAUUUGUUGGCAACUUUUUUUUUGUUACAAUUGUCACACUAAUGUAUUGGAUCAGUUAUUUUUUGCAGUAUCCACGAAUAUUUGUGAUAUAGAACGACUGCUUGUCUAGAC